AUGAAGGAAAAAUCCAAGAACGCGGCAAAGACUAGACGGGAAAAAGAAAAUGGAGAAUUCUACGAACUGGCCAAACUCCUGCCCCUGCCCUCGGCCAUCACCUCGCAGCUGGACAAGGCGUCCAUCAUCCGCCUCACCACCAGCUACCUGAAAAUGCGAGCCGUCUUCCCCGAAGGUCUGGGCGACGCCUGGGGACAGCCGAGCAGGAUCGGCCCUUUGGAUAACGUGGCCAUGGAGCUCGGAUCCCACUUGCUUCAGACUCUGGAUGGUUUUGUUUUCGUCGUGGCAUCCGAUGGCAAAAUAAUGUACAUUUCUGAAACAGCCUCUGUGCACCUUGGCCUGUCCCAGGUGGAGCUGACUGGAAACAGCAUUUAUGAGUACAUCCACCCCUCGGACCACGAUGAGAUGACUGCUGUCCUCACUGCCCACCAGCCCCUGCAUCCUCACCUCCUGCAAGAGUAUGAAAUCGAGAGAUCCUUUUUCCUGAGGAUGAAGUGUGUCCUAGCCAAGAGGAAUGCAGGCCUGACCUGCAGUGGCUACAAGGUGAUCCACUGCAGUGGCUACUUGAAGAUCCGCCAGUACAUGCUGGACAUGUCCCUGUACGACUCCUGUUACCAAAUCGUGGGGCUGGUGGCCGUGGGGCAGUCUUUGCCUCCCAGUGCAAUCACUGAGAUCAAGCUCCACAGCAACAUGUUUAUGUUCAGAGCCAGCUUGGAUUUAAAACUGAUUUUCCUCGAUUCCAGGGUGACGGAAUUAACCGGCUAUGAACCCCAGGAUCUGAUAGAGAAAACCCUCUACCACCACGUGCACGGCUGUGACGUUUUCCACCUGCGAUACGCUCACCACCUCUUGCUGGUGAAAGGCCAAGUGACCACCAAGUACUACCGGCUGCUGUCCAAGCAGGGAGGCUGGGUGUGGGUGCAGAGCUACGCCACCAUCGUGCACAACAGCCGUUCGUCACGGCCUCACUGCAUAGUGAGUGUCAAUUAUGUCCUUACAGAUAUUGAGUACAAGGAACUUCAGUUGUCACUGGACCAGGUUACCAUUUCCAAGUCACAGUUUUCAUGCAGAAACUCAGUACCUACCUCGCAGGAAACAAGGAAAAUAGUAAAACCCAAAAGUAAUAAAAUGAAGGCAAAACUCAGAACAACACCUUACCCACCACAGCAAUACAGCUCGUUCCAAGCAGACAAACUGGAAUGCAGCCAGGUGGGGAGCUGGCGCUCCAGCCCCGCCGCCAGUGCCGCCGCCCUUCAGGAACAGAACUUCCAUUCAGAGAGCAGCGAGCUCCUGUACGCCCCUCCCUACAGCCUGCCCUUCUCCUACCACUAUGGACACUUCCCUGUGGAUUCCCACGUCUUCAGUGGCAAGAAGCAAAUGCUGCCUGCAAAGUUCGGGCAGGCCCAAGGGGCGCCCUGCGAGGUGGCGCGGUUCUUCCUGGGCGCGCUGCAGACCAACGGCGAGUGCCAGUGGCACUACACCAACUCCCUGGUUCCCAGCAGCCAGUCACCCUCCAAAAGCCUUCCUGAGCAGCCAGUGAACAUCAUCAGGCACAACCUUGCACAGAGUUAUGAAGUGCCACUGUCCAACAGGAGGUACAGCCAGGACGCUCUGCCCGAGGCCUUCCCCAGCUGCAUGGCGCCCGUGCCGGGCCGCUACAAAGAGGAGCUCUACGACUCCUCCAUCAUGAAACACAACAAAACAGAGCCCAGGAUCCAGCCCCACGCCCACCUCAUCAAAGAGGAGAACAAGCUGCCUUUUCCCAGAGACCUGCCCGAAAAAAUGCCCAUCAACGAGGGCUCCUUCUCCAACCCCCUGCUGCCCAAAUCCGAGUGCUGCCAGGCCAAGGCCGUGGGACAGCUGAGCCACCUGCUGCCCGUGCCCUCGGUCUACGAGCAGAGCAGGAGGAUUUGCGUCAAAGAGCCCAAAUUUGGGCACAUCGGCCACCACGCAGGCAGCCUGGAGGAGCUGGACGAGAGGAUGAGCGUGAAGCUGGACCACGAGGCCGACGGAGAGCGGCUGAUGGAGGUGAGGCCCUCAGGCCAGGUCCCCUUCGUGCUCCUCAACUACCACCACGUGCUGGCCAAGCAUGGAGCCUUCCAAACCUCCCCCUGCACGGCCACGGGACACGGGGGGGAGAACUAUUCCUACAACUCCGAGGAAGUCAACGCGUUUCUUUACAAAAACCAAAGCCCCUCCUCGGCGUCCUCUCCAGAAAGCCACAAGGAAUCUGCACUGCCCCACUACAUUGGGACUUCUGUCAUCAUUGCCAACGGCAGGUGACGGUAGCACGGGAGGGUUCUGUGUUCAGUGAAGAAGCCAAACUGUAAUGAUUUGCUAAAAAAAGGAAAAAAAAAAAGGAAAA